UAAAAACGCACAUCGAGUGGUGCCUCUUCGUUCCCUUCCAUCGUCCGCAGUCGACCGUGGGCAAUGACGCUCAUUGCACAAGUGGGAGUAUCGUGAACGAAUUUUCCUUUUUUCGUAGGAGAAUCGGCAAAAGCGAUAGUCUGUGCUGUCAGAAAGUAGUAAGCUCGUUUUUCGGGUUAUUCGUUCCGUUUUUCUCUGUUUCCACGUCUCCGCUGUGGUCAGGAGACUCUGCACAACGGUGUUCGUGCGUUGCGGCAGCGCUAGAGUCGGCGAGUUUGCUAGCCGGCACAGAGCAGUGUCGUUGCCAUAGAUGGCAAUUCGAAGCAAGAGUUUCCCUGGAACCUCCUUUCUUCGUACUUUUGUUGGUCUGAUGUUGCAAGCCGAUCCCCGUUUUUCCCCAAAACGCUCUUUAACGUCGUCCCGCAAAAAGUCAAAGUGACUUGUGCUACGCAGCGCAGCUUUUCGUAAGCCUGCAGAACUAGUUGGGGUGGGCAUCUGCACUCCCACUCAGCUUUUUUCAUUUCCGGGAAGCAUAAACGGAGAUGUAAGAGUUUCCUCCGUACCCUGCUGUUCGCGAGACUUUUCACUCUUCCCAGACAGCGUCGUUUGCCCCGUUUUUCAACGUUGACCCAUCGACCGAGCCCGACUCAGCGCUCCGGUUGCUCCUCUCUCGCGAGGAACUGAAAGUGGUCCUCAACCCAUCAUGAGGCAAAUGCACUGACGAAAACUGGAAAGGAGUUUCAAUUGAAGACUUCGGGGUAGCCAGUCUGCAGUGACGACGCAAUGGUUGCAUGUGAAGAAGCUUCGCUGAACUGCCGUCUUUACUUUGAGCAAAGCUGCAUGUCACCCUCGAGUAAUUCCGAUUUUUUUCUGCCUUCUUGAGCGGUCGCUAUUCUUUGACGAUCGUGUUUCGUUCCUUGUCUCACGCCUGGUCUUUUUGCCGUCACUCCUUGCUUCCAAGCAAAAGCACAUGACUUAACUUCGACGUAUUGUUCGUUUCUGCCGCCGUCGCCUGCGAGGAAGUCAGCGUGGUACACCCGCAGCGUGAGUCUUGGUCUUCUCUUUCGCCAAACAGGCGCCAGAGCGCUUCUACCUCGCUCUCGCCCGCCUCAUCUGUUUCUUUUCCAGCGCGUGCUUCCCUCUGAUUUCCCCUCUUUUUUGCUGCGCACUGGCUUGCCGUCAGCGGCCGCAUUGUGAGAGGUUGUCCCCGCUUUCCUGUUCGCGGCACCCUCGUCAAAUCAAGUCCGACCGUUUUUCUUCACCUUUUAGUCCGCUGUCAGAAAAGUGAGGAUCUUCCGAAACCACUCCAAAGAGCUCGACUGAAGAGCGCUUCCCUGGUAUCCCCUCCGCGGCUUGUUUUUCUCCGCAGUUCGCUGCUGGGCGAACUCGCCCCCGAACCAGCCCCGCUUUGCUUUUUUCCUCGGGAGUCUGCGGCGCCUUCUGAUGCCCGAAGAGUUUCUGUGCGUGUUCCUUCCGGACUCUUGCCGGGGAGAGUUUCUCUGAGGGUCCCAGAAUGCGGACGUCAAAUUCAGACGCGAUGUCCGACGACGCUGGGCUGAGGGCGGCCGUCGGCCUCGCGAAAGAGGCAGCCGCCCGCCAACUCGCUGCAGAGAAGUUGGAGACGGAGUCGGAGAAUUAUCGAACGAGGAAUUAUCAAACGAAUGAUUCUCAAAGGGGGUAUUCCCACGAGGACGCCGCGGUCAGUCGCGCGUCGUCCUUCUCUAGCAGCUACGACAGCGAAGACCGCUCUCUCUCGCGCUACUCGUUUUCGUCCUCGUUUCUAGACCACGAAGACGACUCCUACGGAUUUAGCAGCAACGCGAGCGAGUCGAGCUUCCAGAGCUCCUGUGCAGGCGAGCCGCAAACCGAGGCCGAAAGCUUCUACGCGAGGCCGGAGGAAGGCGACAUGUGCUCAGCGAUUCCUUCGCAAGUCGACGUCGUUAUUGUCGGGGCUGGACCUGCAGGCCUCACACUCGCCAUAGACUGUCAGAGGCAAGGACUUUCGUACUUGUGCGUCGACGUCCGACAAGACGUAUCUCUGGAAAGUCGAUCCAUUCUGCUCCACCCUCGAACUCUCGAAAUCAUGCAAGAUCUGGGCGUCGCAGAGGCUUUGAUUCUUCGGGGAAUUCGUCUGCGAGGCCUGCGCAUGUUUCUCAACGGGGCUCUUGCGUCGGAGACUCCUCUCGGGCCUCUCGUUGUUCCGCCGCAGCCCAGCGGCCAGGCACUGGCGUCUCUGCCUUCCGCUUUGUUGUGCGGAUCCGCUUCCGGGGCGAGACAUCCGUUCUCCCCUUUUCCAGGUGGCUCUUCUCUCUCCAGCAGCUCCACACCCUUCCCGUACGCCGUCGUCGUAGACCAGAGCGUCGUCGAGGCGGUGCUGCGCGACAAACUCAGGCGACUCGGCGGACAUGUUCACCGUCCUGUGGCGGUGUGGCGUUUGGAGCACCAAGACACUGAGGAGCCUUCGUCGUUUCCAGUUCCUCUUCAUCGCCGACGGAAACAUCAUUCUCGUCGACGGAGGCCUUACGUGGAACCGACGCGAGGGCGAAGCCUCGAGCGAGCCUCGCGAAGCCCAAGGGAGGCCUGUGCCUCGCCAGACGACCGCGAACCACAUGCGGCUGACGCGGCGUUCUCCUCGCUCUCUGAGGAUCCCUCUUCAGCGGAGAAGGAGAGACAGCCAGCGCGCGAGUCGGCCUCGGGAGAGAACGAGGCGCCGCGCGCUGGAGCGCGGGAGGCGGACCCCGAGGGACAACCAGCAGCUGGAGAGCGAGGAGAGGAGGCGCGCGAGAUGUUCGUGCGACACUCCGCCAGCAUGCAGCAGCCGAGAGAAGGACGUGGACAGGACGGCGAGUUUCACAGAGGAAAGGCGACGCCGGGGGAUGCGCAGGUGAAACCUGGCGAACGCAGGAGAUUCACCACCACGGCAGAACCCAAGUGCUGGCGAAGCGCACAGGAGGGGCCGGCGCCUGUCGCCACCGGCUUCUUGAUCAAUGAAGAAAGAGAAGACGAAGAAGACGUCGAAGGAUACCCUGUCAUUGUUCAUCUGGCCAAACUGUCGGACGCAUUUGGGUCGGACGACCCCGCUUUCAUCUCCGUCAGGUGCCGAUAUGUGGUGGGCUGUGAUGGCGCCAAGUCGAUGAUCCGGAAGGCUUCGAGUAUCUCAUUCGACGGUGCCUCUCGCCCGUCGGAGUUUCUCUUGGCGGACGUCUCUCUGGACUGGUCUGCUCUGGCUGGAGGACUCGACCACCAAGAAGCUUCUUCGCUCUCGGAUCCGUCUAUGGUAGUUCCGGACGCGGCUGCGCUGGAGAGGGAGGCCGCGCUUGCCUCUCUCCACCAGCUGCUGCAGAACUCACCUCUCGACUGUCUCAACCUCUUUCUCUCCGGAGAAGGCUCGAUGUUCCUGGCGCCCCUGCUUCCGCCUUUCUUCCAACUGCCUCGCCGGUGUCCCGAAAGCUCCGCCUCGUCCCCGACGCUCGCGGUCUCGGACAACGGAGACAGCGACGGCGGUCGGGGAGACACGGGCAGCGACGAGGAGACCGGCGCCCGCAGUGGCUGCGACCGGGAGAAGGAAGGCGGCUUGGGGAGGGCUGGUGCCUUGCUCGCUCACACCGAGGCUUCCGGGAAUCUGCGGUGGAGACUCAUCGCUCUCCGGGACUCGUCGGAGGGACUGUCGAGCUGUCAACCGUCAAGCGGAAACGCGGCGAUGCGCGGACACAGCAGAGACGCCGACAGGGCUGACGCCAAUGCAGCAGACAGCGACCGCGGACUCUGCUCCGAGAGGAGAAAAGGUACAACGGGAACAAGUGCUGCGGUCUCGAGCGACGAGGUCGUCCAGUUCAUCGAAAAGAUGAUUCCGGGAACCUGCGUCCGGCGCAUACACUGGAGCUGUGCCUACGCCUCCGGCAGCCGACUGGCGACUCGCUUCAAGCAAAGGCGCUGCUUUCUCGCGGGGGACGCUGCACAUGCACACCCCCCUUUCUUCUCAGAGGGUCUGAACCUCGGAAUUCAGGACGUCUACAACUUAGGCUGGAAGCUCGGCAGCGUCCUCAAGGGCGGCGCCAGCACGAGACUGCUGGAGUCUUACCACCGCGAGAGGCACCAAAUUGCACAGGAAGUCAUGGCGAGAGCUGGACGGACUCUCAAUUUCAUUUUCGGCAGCGCAGGAAAACCUUCAUUUCUCUCUCGCUGCGUCCUGAAGUUCAUGGGUCCGCUGCUUUCUCGACUUCCAGCUCUGGCUGACGCCGUCUCUCGGAAUCUCUCUGUCAUCGAUGUGACCUACCAAGCGCCUACCGACGUCCUUGGUGUAGCUGGAACAACACCUUACGCUUCUCUGGAACCAGGCAUGCAGGUCCCGGACUGUCUCGUCAAGGUCACUGAGAUAUUCCCGGAACGAACUCCGCUGCCUCCUCCAGCUCCGCCGACUUAUCUCUACGAACUGCUAGGAAGUAGCCAGCAUGUGCUCCUUCUUCAUCUCCUUCUCUUGCCUGCCGGCUCUCGCGUCAAGAACGUUUUCGGGUGUGAAAUGCCAGGCGCGCCUCUCGCGGCGCGGUACAAUGCGACCUGUUUCAGCGCCUUGAUGCGAUUAGCUCGGCUGGCGACGCUCGCGAGUUCCGAGCGCCGAGGAGGCACUUCCGAAGGAUUUCUGCGUGCUCUUCCACGAACGGACUGGUUGUAUGCAGCAGCAGCCUCGCAUCUGAGAGCCUCGCAGAGAGACAAAAGUCGAGAGCGAAAGACCUCAGGAUGUCUGCGAAUCAUUUGGUGUGUCCACGGGACCCUCGCACCUCCCCACACUGUCGCUACGGCGACGUCGAUCACGACGGCGUUACCUCGCGAGACGGUCGUCGGAUUGUCCAGGGGCGGCGCUUCGUUUUCCUCGUCGCGGUCCUUCUCCUUUCUGCGUCGAUUCAGCUCAGCGAGCAUCGUGGCACCCCACAGGCCGUUCCUGCCGCUCUUCGGAAUCGGCGAGGUUUCGGCCGCAGGAGGAGAGCACGGCAAGCAGAGCUUCUUCUCUCUCCUCACCUCGGAAAGGGCAAAGGCGGCCUACCCCUCGUCGUCGGGCUUCGAGAGUGGCGACGCCCUGGACACGAACGGACAGUCGCAUUCUGUGGCGAGUUCCGUGCAUUCAGCGUCUUCGCGAGAAGAAGCCACAGAGGCAGACAGCGGGGGUGGGGCUUCGGACGUGGGGUCUCCGGAGGACGGGGACGACGCGGCAGCGCAGGCGAGGUCCUUGGACAGCAGCGGUGAGGGGAGCAGGUUUUCCGGUUCCUUGGGAUCUUUUUCGGAGGGUGUCCUCGGGCAACUCGACGACAGGCGGCGCGACGCUUCUCCAGGCAUGGCGCCGACGUACGGGGAUUCGCUGCCUUUUUCAAACAGACCGAGCGACGAGGAACUCGGCGGGACUUCCACGUUCUUGAUGCGGAGACGCUUGCUGGACCUCUUGCCGUCGGGCAUUCUCUCUCAACUGCAGGGACCGCAGUCGCCACAUCCUUCGCUUUUGUUGGUCGACUUUGUCGACGAACUUUCCACGAAAUUCGGUCUAAAACUCGCUGCACCCGGCUCCGCCUACGCAGACACUCGAAGCGGGGCUUUCACCCUCAUCCGACCUGACGGCCAUGUCGCCCAGGGGGGGUACGUGGGAGACGCAGUCGCGUCGAGGGGGCUCUUGGACUACUUCAUGAAUUACUUUUGAAAAACACAUGACCGACGUAUCGCAAAUGGGAGGGGCGUUGUCCAGUGAGACUCUCUCCCAGGGGAUCUGCAAGGGUGGCCACCACGCGCGAAGAAACAUCAGGUUCUUUUGUGUGGGCGGAGGAACUGGGGUGCCGUUUUUCUAGAGUCUGCGGAACCGGGAAGGGCUCUGGAAAGAGAGUUGUGGGGAUUCCCCGGGGCCGGGGAUUUUUUCGGCGGCAGAUUCGCGACGGCAAGCCGGUUGUCAAGCUUAAUAAUGUCUUUACGAGGGAACUUUAGUGAACGGUCUCCUCCAUGAUUCAAAAGCAGUGUUUUUCGAUGGCGCAAAAAAAGUGAGAACGUGCGUUUCAAUGGUUCGUCGCGUAUCGAGUCCAGUUUCAGGACACGGAAAUGUGUCUGUCGCUUGCGGGUGAACUUCUUGUCACUUUCUGAAAUCUGGGGACGUAGAGAACGUGACUCAUUCGCGAGCCUUUUAGUGAGGGAAGGAAUGCCGUCUUUGUCAAAGAUGCAAGAGUCUCGCUUCACUGCUUCUCUGACUGGCGUCGCAUGCCUGGCACCUUGGUGAGAUCCUUAUUAAAGGGCGCGCAGUUCCCUGCACUCCGAGGACUGCUCAAGACACAUGACAGUGUUGGACUUCACUAUUCUACGACACAUUGGUGACUUCACAACGGUGGCAUUUUUGCGAUAAGCCAGCGUUCCAACGGUCCCCGAGUAAAAGUCAAACGUGAGCUGCAGCUGAUUCAGUCCAGUCCUGAGAAUUCGACCGCUUCUUCCAGACUGGAAGAC